AUCGUUCCCCUCGAUUCACUCAACAACAACGACAAUUUCCUACAACUGAGCUACGGAUAAUUUUCUCAUCAAUUGGAUCAAUUUACUCCUUUUUUUGAUCAGGUUUUGAUGUGUAGAGGGUUCUAAAGGAAAAAAAGAGAGGUGUCGUACUUGUUUUGAUCAUGGAGGGAGACAAGUUUCAAGAGAAGAAAUUUAGGGUUCUACUGAAAUGUUCGAAUUUGCUGGAAUUAGCAGCUUCCGAUGAUGUUUCUGAGUUCGUAUCGGAGGUAGAAAGAAAGAAGAUUGCUUUGGAUGAAAUCGGAUUUUGGUACGGACGGAGGAAUUCGUCCAAAGGAAAGAUGGGAUUCGACGAACGAACCCCUCUCAUGAUUGCUUCCGUUUAUGGAAGCAUUCGAGUUUUGAAAUACUUAAUCGGUAGUAAAAGAAUCGAUGUCAACAAAACCUCCGGUUCCGACGGCGUCACCGCUCUCCACUGUGCUGCCGCCGGCGGGUCUCUUUUGUCCGUUGAAGUCGUGAAGCUGUUACUUGACGCCGGUGCUAAUAUUACUUUAACCGAUGCCAACGGAAACAAACCAGGCGAUUUGAUUGCUCGUGGCAUCAAAUCCGCCAUGCGAAAAGCUUUGGAGAUGUUGUUGAAAGGUUUUGUUAUCGAAGAAAUUGUUACAGCGAAAAAGGAGUACCCGAUUGAUGCAACUUUGCCGGACAUAAACAACGGGUUGUACGGCUCCGAUGAGUUUAGGAUGUAUACCUUCAAAGUGAAGCCAUGUUCAAGAGCUUACACUCACGAUUGGACGGAGUGUCCGUUUGUUCAUCCCGGCGAGAACGCGCGGCGGCGUGACCCGAAGAAGUACAACUACAGCUGCGUCCCGUGCCCGGAGUUUCGUAAAGGAAGCUGCGUUAAUGGCGAUGCUUGCGAGUAUGCACACGGGGUGUUUGAAUCUUGGCUUCACCCAGCUCAAUACAAAACUCGUCUCUGCAAAGAUGAAACUGGGUGUGCGAGAAAAGUGUGUUUUUUUGCGCACAAGAUCGAAGAACUGAGGCCUUUGUAUGCUUCUACUGGUUCAGCCAUUCCCUCACCCAAAUCAGGGUCCAUUGAAAUGGGUUCUAUGAGCCCUACCCCGAGCCCGAUGGCUCAUGGUUCGACCCCGCCGAUGUCACCUUCUAUUGCUCCGGUGUCUCCCAUGAAUGGGUGGCAGAAUAAGAUGAACCAUUUAACACCGCCAGUGCUUCAACUUUCCGGUAGUCGUUUAAGGACUGCUUUGAAUGCAAGAGAGUUCGAGUUGCAGAGCUUAAGAACUCAACAAAAAGAAAGGCAACAAAUGCUUGACGAUUUGUCUGCAAAUCAUUACAGCAAUCGGUUUGGGGAAUUGAAUCCCACGAAUCUUGAUGAUGUUUUUGGAUCUUUUGAUCCAUCUAUUUUGUCAUCGAUUACAAAUGGCGCAACCCAACUGCAAUCUCCCAAUGGCCACCAACACCGGCAAAACCCUAACCAGCUCCGGGGAAAUUACGUAAAUUCUCCGAUGAGAAAACCUGCAAGUUUUGCGUUUGAUUCAUCGGCAGCGGUUGCUCAGGCGGUGAUGAAUUCAAGGUCCGGUGCGUUCUCGAAACAACGCAGCCAGAGCUUCAUUGACCGUGGUGCAGUAACCACCGGUGCACCAUUUUCGCAAUGGGGUUCGGCGGAUGGGAAAUUGGAGUGGGGGUUUAACGGUGAAGAGGCUAACAAGCUCAAAAAGUCUGCAUCUUUUGGGUUCAGAAAUGGUGUGCCUGUGAGUGUGGGUCAUGAGCCAGAUGUCUCAUGGGUGAAUACUUUGGUCAAAGAUGUUUCAUCUGUCGGAGUUGGGCUGUAUAGUUCGUCGGAGAAACAAAGAUACGGCGGCCGUGGCGGCGGUGGUGGUGGAGAGAAGGUGCCACAAUGGGUGGAGCAAAUGUUCAUAGAGCAGGAACGCUUGGUGGCAUAAAGUCAAAAGACGUCGUUUUGUCUACCACAACAAAAUAGAUUUUUUAAAUUCUUUUAUUUCCUUUAACUUUGAUGUAAUUUCUUUUUCAUAAUUUCCCAAUGAGUACUUUAACUAUCGACAAAUAAUAUUGGGAAUCUUUAAUUAACCU